UACGCCAUUCGCGAUAGCAAUUUGAGAUUAUUGUUUAGUCUGUGAAGAGAAUCCGAAAGUAUCGACGCCAUCCGCAUCGUAUUUAUUUUAACUCAUCAUGACUUCGGGAAUGCCGGAGCUAGGCUCCAAAAUAAGUUUAAUAUCGAAAGCCGAUAUUCGGUAUGAGGGUCGUUUAUUUACUGUAGAUCCCCAAGAAUGUACAAUAGCUUUAGCCUCCGUACGUUCAUUCGGUACGGAAGACCGGGAGGCCCAAUAUCCCGUGCCCGCCCAGAGCCAAGUGUACGACUACAUCUUAUUCAGAGGCUCUGAUAUCAAGGAUAUCCGUGUGGUACCCGGCGUACCGACGCACGCCCAGCCGCUAAAUGAUCCCGCAAUCAUGCAGUUGUCGGUGCCCCCGACGUUGGGUACUCAGCAGUACCAGACGCAUCCAGUGCUGGGUCAGAUGGCCCCACAAAUGUCUCAGUUUGCUAACGCCUACGGCAACAUCGGCAGUGCUAUUGGCGGCUUGGGAUCUGGUUUGGCACCCGGUAUGCAUAUGCAAAGAGACAACAGAAAUCUUGGAGGGAACAAGCCAAGUGAGUUAAUUUUACCUGGGACAGAACAACCCCCUACCCUAUCCCCUACUGUUGAACCAACUCAGGCCAACGAACAUGCUUCCGUUUUAGAUUUAAUCAGCGGUGGAGGAUCGCGAAGCACCACCCCGGCGAGUCUGUCGUCGCGGAAGUCGCCCACCAAUGACCAGGGAACGCAGGCAGGAGGCAAGGGUGGCGACAAGGUCGUCAAACCUAUUCAGCCACCGAACUCGAAUCAGCGUAAUCAGCAACGGAACAAGUCGCGGGAAAGGAAGGACUCCAGGGGAGAUGGUCAAAACCGUCAGAUGCAACGGAAUCAGAAUCACGGUGGCGCACACCACCAAGGUGGAAACCACUAUAACAACAACCAACAACAAGGUCAGCGUGGUGGCUGGUCGAACCGCGGCCCCAUCAGCAGACCGAGAGGCAGACCGCGUGGCAAUUUCAAAGCUGGCGGCGGCAAUCAGGGCCAGCCUAACCAGGGUGGCAAGGUUAAGAACACACUCAAAUUCGACAACGAUUACGAUUUCGAGCAAGCUAAUACCGAAUUUGAGGAGUUGAGAAGUCAACUAGGCAAGGUCAAGAUAGAAGAUGGCAAUACAAAUAACGCAGCAGUCAAGACUCCGGCGGAAGCGAACGGUGGUGCCGCAGUGCCCGCCGAAAGUGACAAGAAGGACGACAGCGGUAACGAGACAGGCCAGGGUGAAACUGGAGAAGAGGAGGAUCACGAAUUCUUCUACGACAAGAGCAAGUCGUUCUUCGAUAAGAUCUCGUGCGAAGCAGUCGAAAGAGCUAAGGGCAAGUCGCAGCGGACCGAUUGGCGUACCGAACGCAAACUUAACUCGGAAACGUUUGGCGUGUCGGCCACCAGACGGGGAAAUUAUCGUGGACGCGGAGGCUACAGAGGAAUGGGAUACCGUGGCGGUUUCCGUGGAGGUUACAGACAACAACGCAGGGAUCAACAACAACCACAACAAGGUAAUCGUCCUGCUGAAAGAACCGUCGACAAGCAGACGUCGGUUACUUCAACCAACGAUAACAACACUGAAAAUGCCACUGUACAAAACACGAACGCGUCCGAUUCAUUGGCGGCAGCUGCCGCAGCCGCUGUCGAAUUCGUAGCCGCCAAUAAUGCUUCCGCACGUACACUAAAGACAGUACCGAGCGAUUCCGAAACAGAACUAAACCCAUUGCCCGGAAGUAGUAGUGGCACUGAGCAGGUUUCAGUAGCAGAACCUGCUAUGGCAGUGAUAUAACAAAAGAUCUGACGAAAUUAUUUAAUCUGCUGACACAGGAAGGUGGAGACUUGACUUUUAAUUUGUUGGGUAUAGGAUGGCGAUUGAUUUAACAGUGAUCUGUGAUGAAAAUGCAUACAGUAAUCUGUAUGUCGCCCAAGAACACGAUGUCACUGUUUGAUUGGAAUUCUAUUUGUGAAAAAAGCAGUGCUUUAUUUUAGUUUCCUGGUGUCAGUAUUACUGUAGGUUAGUUAAGGUGUACCUUAAGUGAUAUAUUUUAUUUUAUAUAUAAAAGGCAGAUGAUAAAUUUAAUUAAUAUUGUAUAUUUGUACUGCCACUAGAAAUUAAUAUUUUUUUUAUACUUGUAGCUUGCUAGGGUCAGUUAGGGCAAAAAUUGUGAAUUUACUAUUUUGAUUUUUAAGGGAAUGUAUUCUGUUCUUACUGACCGUAAUUUUUUGCCAAUGAUGGUUGUUGUAAUUUAUUAUACUGAAUUAUUACUGUUAACAUAGACUUUGUAAUGUUUAAGUAAAUUUUGAAAUAAACAAUUAUGUAAUAAGGUC